AUGAAUAAGAUCUUGAGGAAAGUCAAAACUAAUAAUUUGUUUGUGUUAUUCUUCUUGAUAUUUCUCCUUUAUUUAUCACUUUCAAGUGCUCAACUCUCACCUCGUUUAUUAGAUGUUCAUCUUCAAGAUUUGGCCUUUAAGAAUCUUUUCAAUCCAAGAACUGGGGUGUCUUAUGAUGCUCGUGUCCCCACCAACCUAACAGGGAUAAAAGUUUCAGCAAUGAGGCUUAGGAGUGAUAGUUUGAGGACUAGGGGUGUGCUCAACUACAAAGAGUUUAAGAUCCCAAUUGGGGUUAUUGAGAAACCUUAUGUGGAAAGGCUUGUGUUGGUGUACCAGAACUUGGGAAACUGGUCUCAUACAUUUUACCCUUUACCUGGUUAUUCAUAUUUGACUCCUGUUUUGGGUCUCUUAGCCUACAGUGGUGAUAAUUUGUCUGCUUCAACUUUACCUGAAUUGAAUAUAAAGAUUGUUGAUAGGUCAGUUUUAGUUCAUUUCCUUGAUAUGAAACCAGUACCAAUUGGAGCAUUGGCCAGGUGUGUGCGUUUUGGUUUGCAAGGUUCUGUUCACUUUGACAUCCUAUUACCUGGGAAUGUGUGUUCAACAAUGCAGCAAGGACAUUUCUCCAUAGUUGUGGAGACAAAUGCCCCAUCACCAGGACCUUUUGGUUGUAGGAAAGUUCAAUUUGGUGAGAAGAAUAAUAAAAAUAUGAAGAUUGUGUUGUUGAUUAGUGGGAUUUUGUUGGUGGUGAUUAUUUUGGGACUAUUGGUUGUUGGAGUGAUAAUACACAAAAAGGGAUCAUCAAGGGUACAAGAAUUGGAUCGUGAAGUUGAAAACAAUGAAAUUUUGGAUAUGACUUUUAUUGGUGACAUCAAAGUACCAUUUGCAUUUGGGACUCGAACACAACCAGUGAUAGAACAUGAAUAUUUUGCUUAA